AUGGCGGACAAAAUCGUGCUUGCGUUUGACCUAUACGGUACCUUGUUAUCGACAGACUCUAUUGCAAAGAAGCUGGAACAGUUCUUUGGACCCAAAGCAAAGUCCAUCUCGACGUUAUGGAGACGAUACCAAUUGGAGUACACAUGGAGGCUCAACAGCAUGGGUCGCUGGGAGAGCUUUUCUCAAGUCACCCAGAACUCGCUGCUCCACGCCCUGGCGGAGCACGGCGAGCAACUCAGCGCCGAGGAUCAAGAAAGCGUGAUGGAAGCCUAUGACAGCCUGUCUACAUUCGACGACGUUCAGCCAGCUCUGGACCGACUGGCAGCCAACACAACUAUAUAUCCCGUGAUAUUUUCAAACGGGGAUAGCGAAGCACUUCGCAGGUCGGUCAGACACUCGGGGGGCCUGGCUAUGCACUCGAGCAUCUUCCAUGAUCUGAUCUCUGUCGAGGACAUUAAACGAUACAAGCCAGCAGUCGAAAGCUACAAGCACCUCGCUGGCAAAGUCGGCAAGCAGUCUUCACAAAUGAAUGAGAUGUGGCUCAUAAGUGGGAACCCAUUCGACAUAAUUGGAGCGCGCAACGCUGGCAUGAAUGCCAUCUGGGUUGACCGAACCAACAAAGGCUGGCAAGAUUCCGCCGUACCAACACUACAGCCAACAGCAAUUGUACACAGCCUGGAACAGAUCUUGAAGGAGAUCCACCGAGCGUGA